AUUGCAUUUACGAUGAUUUAGAAUCUGAAAAUCAACAAAACAAAUCGAUGUCUUCUGAUGAGCGAACAUUCAGUAAUGAACCAUUAGAAACAGUCUUAUCUAGUGAUUUCACUUCAUUAUCCAAUGUGUCAAAUAGAAACGAAAGGCCUGUCUGA